AUAUUGGGUUUCUAAUUUAGCGCAAGCACUUAGUUGUUCACAAGCCUUGCUUGUCAAACUGGAUUGGGCGAUGCUCUCGUGCUAAAGAGGAACCAGAGAGAAAUUAGUUAAGAAAUUAGACACAAACUCGGGGCGCAGGCUUGGCAGACAAGCGGAGCAGGGUGGCACCUGCCCGCUUUGCCUGAACGCCUUUUCCUGACAGACAAAGGCGCGGGCGGCUCCGCUGCGGGGCUAGCCCGGCUCUCCUCGGAGCAGCAGCGAAGCAGCGGCGGCUCCGCCCCGCCCGUCCCGUCCGUCCCGCCCCGCCGCUGGCCGGGGCCGAUCGCUCGGGAUGCUCGGGCAGCGCCGCGGGACGGGCGGGCGCGAUGGAGCCGCCUGAGGGCUGGGACCCCUACGGGCGGCCGGCCCGGCGCACGCAGUGGCUGGUGAGCGCCCUCGCCUACCACUACGGGCUGGACCGCGGCGUGGAGAACGAGAUCGUGGUGCUGGCCACCGGCCUGGACCAGUACCUGCAGGAGAUCUUCCACCACCUGGACUGCGCCGGGGCGGGCCGCAUCCCCGGCGAGGAUUUCCGCACGCUGUGCCAGGUGCUGGGGCUGGAGGAGGCGGCGGACGCCGAGGAGUGCGCGGGGCUGUGGGACGGGCUCUCGGCCGAGCUCACCUUCCGCCAGUUCCACGCGCGGCUCUGCGGCCACUUCAGCACCCGCGCGGGGCCGCGGCUGCCGCUGGGCCGGGAGAGCGAGCACAUCGAGACCCAGAUCCGCCUGCGCAGCCCCCGGCGCCGCCGCCGCGCACACCCCGCCGGCCCGGGGAACGCGGGCAGCGCCGAGCGCCGGCCCACGGGGCCCUGCUCCCGCGAGUGCUACGAGGAGAUCGUGGCGCUGGAGCAGGCCGAGGACCGCAUCGCCAAGCUGGAGGAGGAGAACGGCAGCCUGCGGGAGCUGGUGGAGGACAUGCGGGCCGCCCUGCAGAGCAGCGACGCGCGGUGCCUGGCGCUGCAGGUGGGACUGCGGAAGAGCCACGCCAACCAUAAAGAGGAGGGAAGCUGCUUCGUAGGGAGUAAGAGACCAUUGACACAGAACCACUCGCAGAAUGAGUCCCUCCAGAGUGUCCUGAAGGAAAUGGAGCUCAUCCGAAGCUCCAGGGAUGGGCAGAUUGAAGAAGCCAUCAGGUUCAACCAGGAGCUGGAGCGGGAGCUGAAGAGCUCCCAGGAAGCUCUCGUCAGCCUGGGAGACUGCAAUCGCAACCUGAAGAGGGAGCAGGCAGAGAUGAGGAGGAAGGUGGAGGAGGCCAGACUAGCUGUCCUGAACAGCCUUGGCAAAGUGAAGGAGCUGGAAGUGAAAGCCAACAAGGUGCCACAUCUGCAAAUGUACAUUCAGCAGCUGGAGKCACAACUGCAGCACUACAGCACCAUCGGUGGGACUGUCCAGGAGCAGCUGUGCCAAACAAAGGCUCAGCGAUCCCGAGCUCUGUCCCUGCAGCCAGCGGCCCCUUCCAGCUGCAGCUCAAUUUCCAGGCAGGAAGCRCUGACAGGAUUUGCACAGAAAGGUCAUUUCAUACAACCUGUGACAGCAGGAGCCGUUUGCUAAGUGRUUUAACUCUCAGAUUUUGCUUUUUAUUGUGUUAAAGGAAAUAUUCAAUAUUCUCCAGACCAAAAUUCUUCAUCUACAGAAGAAUUUGGAGGGAACUUCAUUCACUAUUUACUAUAUAAUAUAUUUACUAUAAACCACUAUCUUGAACGUGGUUUGUUUUCUUCUUCAUGUGCAUUCUUU